UCUCAUGCGCCGGGCCGCGGCGACCCAGGCUCCCGAGGCCGCGUUCCAGGAGGAGGCGGAGGCGGGAGGCCCGUUGGGCAGAAUGGCGUUGGCGACUCGCUCUCAGAUACCCAAAGAAGUAGCUGACAUCUUUAACGCCCCCAGUGAUGAUGAAGACUUCCUUGGUUUUCCAGAUGAUGUUCCCAUGGAAACCCUCUCAUCAGAGGAAAGCUGUGAUAGUUUUGACUCGCUGGAGCCCAGGAAACAGCAGGAUGUGUGUUUCCACUCCAAAUACUUAACAGAAGAACUAAGAAGAAUCUUCAUAGAGGACACUGACUCAGAGACAGAAGACUUUGAAGGGUUUACACAGAGUGAUCUGACUGUGAACAGCAACCCAGAGCUUGCAGAGUCUGAUUUGAGCGACAGCGAUAAAGCAACUUUAGAGAGUGAGGAAGAGGAUGAUGACGAAGAAAAGGCUACCCCAAGAAGAAGCAGAUCUAGAAGAAGCAGCUUUGGUCUUCGAGUGGCUUUUCAGUUCCCCACCAAGAAACCAGCACAAAAAUCAGAUAAGGACAAUUCUGAGCUGUUGUUUCCUAGCUCUUGCUUACAGGACAGUAAAAAAGCAAUUGGAAGAAAGAAAAACUGCAGACAGGGGAAGGAAAGGGCAGACUCUGCCUCUGAAUCUGAGGAUGACGGCCAGGACAGCGCGGAUGCUCUACUGAAGAGGACCAGGAACAUCAAGGAGAACAAAGCCAUGCUUGCUCAGCUAUUGGCAGAAUUGAACUCAAUGCCAGAUUUCUUCCCAGUACGGACCCCGAACUCAGCUUCUAAGAAGAAAACAGUGAGGAGGGCCUUCUCGGAAGGACAGAUCACACGGCGCAUGAACCCAGCGCGGAGUGCACGGCCUCCUGAGAAGUUUGCGCUGGAGAACUUCACGGUCUCAGCCACCCAGUUUGCAGAGGAGUUUCACAGUAUCAGAAGGAGGAGGACCAUCAGUGGGGGGAAGUGCCAGGGGUACAGGCGACGGCGGCGUGCCUCUUCUUUCCGGCCAGUGGAGGAUAUCACGGAGGAGGACUUAGAAAAUGUUGCCAUUACUGUUCGAGAUAAAAUCUACGACAAAGUUCUGGGCAACACUUGCCAUCAGUGCCGACAGAAGACCACAGACACCAAGACAGUGUGUCGGAACCAGAGCUGCGGCGGAGUGCGAGGACAGUUCUGCGGGCCGUGCCUGCGGAAUCGCUAUGGGGAGGACGUGAGAUCAGCGCUGCUGGACCCGGAUUGGGUGUGUCCUCCCUGCCGCGGGAUCUGCAAUUGCAGUUACUGUCGAAAGCGUGAUGGCCGCUGUGCCACAGGGAUCCUCAUUCAUCUGGCCAAAUUUUACGGUUAUAACAACGUUAAGGAGUAUCUGGAGAGCUUACAGAAGCAGCUGGUUGAAGAGCACUAGGGAAAAAAGGAACCAACCCCACAGCCCGCUGCGCUUUCAUAUAGAAGUUCUUUGUCUAUCU